AUGGAGCUUGAGCUACGUCUAGCUCCGCCAAAUAACUUUGUGGACAAAGGUUUCGAUCUGAACGAUGAUAAUGCAUUCGAGGAAAACGAGGUAAUGGUGGUCAAGAAACGGCGUGUUGGUGAAGCCUUUGUGAAGCACCAUGAUGUUGAACGUAAAACCUCGUCUUUGGUUCUGUUGAAUGGGCAGCCAAAUGAUGAUGAUGAUCAUGGGAAUGUAAGGGAAGAAGGAGAAACAGUGAGUUGGGCACAUGUAAGUUCAUGGAGACAGAAAUUUGUAAAUGAGCUUCAAGCAGGAGUGAGAAAUGGUAGCAUUAAUAAUGGAGGUAGAAACUCCAAGUUUGUGAAGGUGAAGAUGGUAGGGGUUGGCAUAGGAAGAAAAGUUGAUCUUAGGCUCUACAAUUCAUAUCAUCACCUUAAAAAUGACUUAGUCAACAUGUUUGCAAAGGACAUUGCAUGUGAUAAUGGUGGGGAAUAUGGAAUAUUUUACCAAGACAAAGUGGGGGAUUGGUUACUUGCUGGAGGUGUUCCAUGGCAGACAUUCAUGGAGUCUGUUCAGAGGAUAGAGAUAGUAAGGAAUGGAUGGGAUUUGAAAUGA